AUGGCGGCCGUAUUUUCCAACCGUCUCCCUCUUUUGGCUUUCCUAUUCUAUCUUCUCACCCUCGUCGCUGCUUCUUCUGCAGCAGACCCUCCCUUUCACCUGUGGCAUCAACGCCGGGCACUCGCGGAUCCUCCCACCCCGAGCUCCCUCAAUGUUUCGAGCAGUACCCUCCAGGAGGCCCGGAAGCUGGUGGCCUCGGCCGUAGCCCAGCAGUCCAGGUACAACGCCUACCGGGUGGCCAACCCGAAGCGCAACACCUACGAGACCCGACCCUCGGGGACAAAUGCAUCGUCCACGCGCAAGAGGUCCGAUGAACCGGAAGCCCCCGUGUUGGAUGCCAAGUUGCGGGCUGCGGCUGCCCUGCUGGCCGAACGCCAUGCAGCCCAACAACUGGCCAACGGCACCCUCUACAAAAGCUACAGCGAGUUCACCAAGUUGCCCAAGCCCCUCACAAUCACCAAACGGGACGAUGACUCGAGCUACUGGCCGUCGCUGGUGUCUCACGGAGUUCCCCCCAUGGGAUGGGACCCGUCCUACCCCGUCUACCGAGACGUCACGGACUCCCUGUUUGGUGCCAAGGGCGAUGGAGUGACCGAUGAUACCGAUGCGAUCAACGCUGCCAUUGCCUAUGGGGGUAGCUGUGAGGAGGGCUGCGAGUCCUCCUCGGUCAAGGGCACGUUCAUCUACUUCCCUCCCGGCACGUACCUCAUCUCCUCCCCCAUCAAUGCCUCCUACUACUCCCAACUCGUGGGAAACCCCAAUGACCUUCCAACCAUCAAGACCUCUCCUUCGUUCAUCGGCCUCGGCGCCAUCCAGAGUGAUGUCUACAUCCCGAACGACAAUGGUGAUGAGUGGUAUGUGGAGCAAUCGAACUUCUAUCGCCAGGUCCGAAACCUCAUCAUCGACAUCCAUGACACCACCACCGCCUAUGCUGCUGGACUCCACUGGCAAGUCGCCCAGGCGACAUCGCUGACCAACGUGUACAUCACGGCGAGUGACGCCUCCGGAACCACCCAGAUGGGGAUAUACACCGAGAACGGCAGUGGCGGGUUCAUGUCAGGCUGCUCCAUCGUCGGCGGCCAGUAUGGAAUCUACGGGGGCAAUCAACAGUACACGGUCCGCGGCUUCCAGAUCUCCAGUCAGACGAAGGCCAACAUCUGCCUGCUCUGGGACUGGGGAUGGACCUGGGCCGACAUGUACCUCACGAGCGCACCGGUGGGAAUCAGCCUGAUCGACCCUGAGGAUCCCACGGGCCAACAGGCCGGGUCGACUUACAUCCUGGAUACCAUGUUCGAUGAAACCACCACUGCAAUCGAGGCCAAGUUCCAGGAGUCGACUAUUCUGGACACCAGCAUCAUCACUCUGGAUAAUAUCGGAGUGAACGGGGUCGACACCAUGGUCGCCUUCACGGACGACACCAACCUCGACCUUCCCGAAGGUGACGUGGACUUUGUGAUCAUUGGAAACAUCAAGGACCUGAGCUCGCAGGCCUUUGGAUCCUACUCUGUGAACGUUCAGACCCCCCCGAGCCCUCUGCUCGGCGACGACGAGAUCAUCUACCGAGAGACCUACUUCUACAAGAACCGCCCUCAGUACGAGAUCUUAUCGGUGGAUGACAUUGUCAGCGUCACAGACCACGGCGCCACUGGCGAUGGAUCGACGGACGAUACGGCCGCCAUUGUCGCGGCGUUGGCCCUGGCCACCACCGACAACCUGAUCUACUUCCCCCCGGGCUCGUACCUGAUCACCGAGACCAUUGUCAUUCCAGCCAAGGCACGCAUCACCGGCCAGGUCUGGUCUCAGCUCGUCGCCUCGGGCGAUUACUUUGCCAACAUGACCGAUCCCAAACCCAUGAUCCAGGUGGGAAAUGCCGGCGACGUGGGCACGGUGGAGAUCAGCGACAUCCUGUUCACCUCCAUCGGGGAGCUGCCGGGAUUGAUCAUGGUCGAAUGGAAUGUCCAGGCCGAGAGUCAGGGCUCGGUGGGCAUGUGGGACUCGCACUUCCGGGUGGGUGGUGCGUACGGCACCAAGCUGCAGGUGGCCGAAUGCCCUGCCAGUGGCUCCAUCGAGUCAGGCUGUGUGGCCGCGUCCAUGAUUCUGCACAUGACGGCAGGCUCCAAUGGCUACUUCGAGAACAUGUGGCUGUGGGUGGCCGACCACGACAUCGAUGACGCGGAUAACACGCAGAUCACCGUGGCCGUUGCUCGAGGCUUCCUGCUUGACUCGACCUCUGGGCCAACCUGGCUGUACGGCACGGCCUCGGAGCACUCGAUGCUGUAUCAGUACAACUUCGCCAACGCCACCAACACCCUGGCGGGCAUGAUCCAGACCGAAUCGCCGUACUUCCAGGCCACGGACUCGACCGAGUCCCCCGGCCCUUUCAACAGCUCCAUGGGCCUGUUCACCAAUGAUCCCGAAUUCCCCGACUCCACCUGCAACGCGACGGCCGAGAUGUGCGAUUUCGCGUGGGCCGUCAUCAUGAAAGAAAACACCAACCUGACUGUCGCGGGUGCCGGUCUCUACUCCUGGUACGACGACUACCUGGAGACCUGCGUCGAUACCCAGAACUGCCAGCAGCGGCUGGUCCUGGACUCGGGCGACAACGGGGGCCUCUAUUUCUGGAACCUGAUCACCAUCGGAGCGGUGGAGAUGAUCAGUAACACGGCCGAAAACGACAUCAUCCUGGCCAAGAACAACACGCAGGCCAUGGCGCAUCCCUACUGGAGCGCCCUGGCCGCCUACCUGGACGACUACGAGCAAGAGGUCCUCUCGUGCCCUGUCAACUCGACCGAGGCGGCGUGCCUGUCCACCUGGAAAUGCGAUCUGUCCAAGACGUACGCCACAGUCGAAGACCUCAAUUCCGCGGCGUCCGACUACCCAGACCAAUGCAUGCCCUACUACGCCCUCGGCACCCUCUUCUACACCCUGAACACCACCAUGUACAACUACACCGCGGCCAACAAGGACUACGACAAGUACUUCAAGUACUACCAGCAAUACGUCCGGGAGAUGGUCCCCGACGCCAUCGACGCCUUCAUGGCGGCGUCCACCCCCAACCAGCCCGACGGCGGCGCCGGCAACAAGUACUUCGACUGUACCUGCGAGGGAUAUGGACCGACCUCGACCCAGACCUGCCCCUUCCGGUACACCCAGCUGUCGGGCGCGACCUCGUACAUCAUGACCUACACCCUGAAGAACGCGACGGGCUUCUACGACGAGCUCUACAGCACCUACGGCAUCAACAGCAGCUGGGUGGAGUUCGUCGACAAGGGCGGCCCCGUCCACGAGAUUGGCCACUGCAUCCCCGGCGAAUGCUCCUCUGGCACCGACUACCGCUACGUCGGCCUCCCCCAGGCCGUCAAAUCCAGCAAGAUCGACGUCUCCAACCCCAAGGACAUCAUCACGGCCGCUCUCCCCUCGAUCGGCAAGCUCAAGAACAACAUCCUGGCGCGAAACAUGGACCUCAACCUCGGCGCCUGGACCGGCGCCUCGCAAGACCUGAUCUCAACCUUCUCCCUCCCCGUCUUCAUGCUCAACCAGGCUGUCGCCUCCAUGGCCAGCGUCAAAGCUAUCGGUGAGAAACAGGCCAAGGAGGACAAGAUCAAACUCAUUCUCGAGAUCCUGGGCAUUGUGUUCGCCUUCGUCCCCUUCCUCGAUGAUAUCACGCCCGAGUUGGAGCUCCUCGACGGCGCUUUUGAAACCGUCGCUGCCACCGGCAACGUCGCUCUGGGCAUCCAGAGUAUCGUGUCCGACCCGACCUCCGCCCCCAUGGUCCUCUUGGGACUGAUUGCCGGUGGCGGCCUGAAGGACGACGAUGACUUCGCGGAGACGGCUGCCGCGGCUCGCGAACUCACCGAGGAUGACCUCGAGAGUAUCGGGAAGGACUUCAAGGAGGAGGAGGAGAGCUUUACUGAUCUUACCAAGAUCACUUGUGACAUCUAG